AUGAAGAUGCUGCUCUUCUUCUUGCUUUCACUCCUCCAUUUCAACCCAUCUCUGAGCCUCAAAAUCUGCUCCUUCAAUGUGAUGUCUUUUGGAGAAGCUAAAAUAGCCAAGCCUGAAGUCAUCGAUGCUGUGGUAAAGGUCGUUUCCCGCUGUGACAUCAUGCUGCUGAUGGAAAUCAAGGACAGCAAGAACCGUGUUUGUCCCCUCCUGGUGGAGAAGCUCACCAGUCAGCGGAAGGAGCCAAAGGAGGAGUACAGGUGUGUGGCCAGCAAGAGGCUGGGAAGGAACAGCUACAAGGAGCAGUAUGCCUUCAUCUACAGGCAAGACCAGGUAUCAGUGAGACAAACCUACCAGUACCCUGACACCCAGCCUGGGGAUGAGGAUGUCUUCUCCAGAGAGCCCUUCAUCAUCUGGUGGCAGUCUCCCAAAACUGCUGUCAGUGAGUUUGCCAUUAUCCCUCUGCACACCACACCAGACACAGCAGUGAGGGAGAUUGAUGAGCUCUAUGAUGUGUAUUUAGAUGUCAAACAGCGCUGGAAAACUGAGAACUUCAUUUUCAUGGGGGACUUCAAUGCUGGGUGCAGCUAUGUUCCCCAGAAGCAGUGGCAGAACAUCCGUCUGAGGACCUACUCUGAGUUCCUGUGGCUAAUUGGUGACAAAAAUGACACAACCGUGAGGAACAGCACCAGAUGCCCGUACGACAGGAUUGUGGUCACUGGACAGAAGCUCAUCCAGGCUGUGGUGCCACACUCUGCCAGCAUCUUUGAUUUCCAGGAGGAGUUUCAGAUGACUGAGGAGCAGGCACUGGGAGUGAGUGACCAUUUCCCAGUGGAAUUUGAGUUAAAGGCAAAAGGAGGCUUCCUCAACUGGCUGAGAUCCAAGUUCUCAAGGAAGAGGAGACCAAAGAAGAGCCGCUCAUCGAGAUCAUGA